AUGCCUAUUUUUAACCCACAAUCCUGGGGAAUGCCCCUUCUGACGCUCCCCGACACCCCACUCUGGACGGACCCCAAUCCCUUCAUCUGGACGGGCUAUCGACCAGAGUCGCGAUCAUGGACCCGCUGCUUCGCCUCCUGGUUCUACAGCCACAAUGAGACCGGCAAUAUCUACUCACACCUCCUUCCCGCAGUAUUUCUUGCUGCAACUUUGCUUCUGAGUGUAUCCGCGGGGACUCGCUUCGAUACGCACACCCUGGAUGGCUCUGUCGUGGGCUUCCAGCUCGGCUCGGCUCUGCUGUGCUUGUUCCUGUCGACGAUGUACCAUACGCUACUAAAUCACUCGUCCUCGGUCUCGCGGCGCUGUCUGCAGCUUGAUUAUGUCGGCAUUUUGGGGCUCAUCCUGGGGAAUUUAGCCAGCGGUUUGCAUUUUGGGUUUUAUUGUGCGCCCACUCUCAGGAAUGUAUACUGGUCGAUGAUCGCUUGUGGAUGUGCAACAACCGCAGUAAUCCUCCUCAGCCCAUGGUUCUGCGACGAAGAAUGGCGGUCUUUGCGCCUGUUCAGCUGCAUCGCCAUCGGGUUGUCGGCCGUUGCACCUAUCAGCCAUGCGGGGUAUCUCUGGGGGUAUGAUUACCUGCUCGGUAUUGGAGUCCCGUAUUAUCUCCUCGAGGGGGUGUUGCUCUUGGUUGGCUGUUUCGUUUUCCGAACCCGAAUCCCCGAGUCCUUCUUCCCAGGCCAGUUUGAUAUAUGGGGGCACUCGCAUACACUUUGGCAUAUCUUUGUGGUCCUCUCUAUUGUUGCCCAUAUUGCAGGGCUGUCUCAUGCAGUGAACUAUAUCCAUCAAUCUGCGCUAUGCCGAGGAUAA